AUGGCCGACGUUGGAAAUUUAGGAAAUGAAGCAUUGAAAAGAAAGGAAAGAUUGAAGGCUUUAAGGGCUAAAAAACAAAAAAGAAGUGCACACAACGAUGAUGGUGAACAUGAAGAUUCAUCAGAGAAAGAACAAUUACCAAAACCUAUAUUCAGAAGUUACAAACCUAAAAGUGAAGUGUUAAAAGAAGGAUCAUUACCUAGAAUCAAACCUGAAGAUGUGUCGGAGAAAGUUAAAGAUCAGUUAGAAUCAGCUAAAACAGACCAUUCCAUUGAUGAAGUGGAUUUAACUAAUUUGGCACCAAGAAAACCAGACUGGGAUUUAAAGAGAGAUGUAGCUAAAAAAUUAGAAAAACUGGAACGAAGGACACAACGGGCAAUUGCAGAAUUAAUAAGAGAAAGAUUAAAAGCUAGUAAAGAAGAUUUUGCUAAUGUUAUAAAUGCUGCCAGUGUUACGGAAAAUCAGGUGGAUGAAGAUGACUGACGUUACAAUGAUAAGGAAGGAUUUGGAUGGUUUCUAUUUGGACUAUAUAUUUUAGUGGCACCUUUGUCAAGGCAAUAUACUUUGAUGAACUUUCAAAUGCCUUGAUACAAAAAUAAUGUUUAAGCUUUCUCAUGAAAAGUAAAGUAUGAACUGUCCAUUUCAACACAUUCAAGAUGAAUAGGUUCUUUUAGGUCUUUUUUGUGACACAUUUAUGGAUAUAUUAUUUUUAUUGAGUGACUUUACUGAAUGUAUGUAGAACUUAUUUCAAGGAUGCAGUCCUACAGUUGUUAUUUUGGAGCUUCAGUCAGACAUGACUGUUCAAUUCAACCAAAUUAAGUAGUCAUAAUUGAUAGUAUCUGUAAGAAGAAGAUACCUUUGUGAACCUAAAACAAUGCCAGUGAAAUUAAUACAUAUUAGUUCAUCCAUAGUCAACCUGUAUAAAAUUGUAAGCAACAAGAUUUUCAUUCUUCAUGUUCUGUAUAUGUAUCAUAUUCACACACAUCAAUAAAACUAUUUUCGUAUAA